CAUGCAAUUCUCUGUGAGGUUAUCUUAGCUUCUCUUGAGGCUACUAUGGUCGCUGGAAACGACUGAGGAAAUACGACUGACCCACGGAUGUUCUGUAUUUUUGUUGUUGUGGAUGUGGCUUUAAUUUUGACUGGCUACAAAUACCAACCCUUUGCUGCUCAUCUUCAAUCCACUAGGGGCAGACCACUUCCUGUGCUUCAAGUUCAAAGGACGCGGUGAUUGGCGCGCAGCUGACUUUCAAUGGAGCUACAGUGCGUUUGGGGGAAGACUGGGGACGAGUCGUUGUCAACGAAAAGUUGUCCUAUAUACAUGCGUUCUCGGUCCCCUUCUCCUCCCCUAUCACAUCCCCAAGGUGAUGCAUGUUCUCCUGCGGCCGUGGUAAGCACCGCUGAGGCGGUCAACAUGCCAGUCCGUAUUGACUGCUAUCCCAGCUCGACAGAGGCCUCUAUGGCCUCGGUCUCGCUCAACCCACCACCGCCGAUCAACACACACCAACCAGGCGUGACCACUUCGCUCCUUUUCAGUGGCUCAGAGUUUCAGGGAUACCAGAAGAGCAAAGGCAACUCCUAUGACGUGGAGGUAGUUCUACAGCAUGUGACCAUGGAGGAUUCCUACCUCUGUGGAUAUCUGAAGAUCAAAGGUCUAACUGAGGAAUAUCCAACGCUUACCACAUUCUUUUCUGGAGAGAUCAUCAGCAGGAAGUGCCCCUUUCUAACCAGGAAGUGGGAUGCUGAUGAAGAUGUGGACCGUAAGCACUGGGGCAAGUUCCACGCCUUCUACAAGUACGCCAAGACAUUCAACUCCGAUGACUUUGACUAUGAAGAGCUGGAGAACAGUGACUUCGUUUUUAUGCGGUGGAAGGAGCAGUUCUUGGUGCCGGACCACACCAUCAAGGACAUCAGCGGCGCGUCCUUUGCUGGCUUCUACUACAUCUGCUUUCAGAAGUCAACAGCUACCAUAGAAGGCUACUACUAUCACCGCAGCUCAGAAUGGUACCAGUCCCUGAACCUGUCUCAUCUCCGCCAGCGCAGUACUCCCAUUUAUGAAUUUCGUGGCGCCAGUGCCCGGCAGGAGCCAUCGGGGGUGAGAAGAUAUCCAGGUGUCGGGGUCUUGGGUCGGAUACAGGUGUCGGCACAGGGACGCAGCCGAGCUCCCCAGAUCUGGACCGGACUGGACAAACGUGAUAAGAUGGACGAUCAAAAAUAUGCUAUGAGCGUCAAACUUAUUGGAGUGAUGCACAAAGAGUCGGUAAAGUUGUACAUGACGUCAGUGCGGUGGUCGGACGAUAACGAGAUAGUCGUUUACCGGUCCCUUCAAGAUUUUAGAGACCUACAUAAAAAACUGAAGAAAAAAUUUCCGCCAGCAAACGCUCUUAAGAAAUCUGAGAGAGUUGUUCCGAAAUUUAAAGCGAAGAAAGUCAAGAAAAGCAUUGGCAAAAAAGGUCCAAGUAAAUCGGUGCUGAAGCUGAAGUCGCUGGAGCGGUAUUGCAACGACUUGAUGAACUGCGACCCACGUGUCCCUCAGAGUACGGAAUUCCGACAGUUCUUUCUUCCUAAUGACCAGGACCUUACCCCAGAAUUUUCCAAGAACAGCAUUGUAAUAAUGCCAUCGGAGGACAAUGUGGAUGGCGGUGGGGGCGUAGGCGGCAACGUCACGCAACCAUUUGUCACCGAAACAUAUCGAUGCGUGGCGCCUUAUGAGACCAAGGAUACAAAAAACAGGCCCUUUAAGGUGGAGGUGGAUGAGACAGUGGACGUUCUAAUUAAAGACAAAGCUGGCUGGUGGAUGGUCGAAAAUUCCGCUAAAUGCAUGGCUUGGUUUCCUGCCCCAUACCUGGAGAAAGUGGAUGCAGAUUUUGAAGAUGACCUUGACGAUUCUGAUGGAGGUGUUCUAUACUGUUGCUCUCGCACUUACAAAGCCAAGUCUUCAGAUGAACUCUCUGUGAGCAUGGGCAGUGUGGUGGAGGUGCUCCAGAGGUCAGAAAAUGGAUGGUGGCUUGUCAGACACAACCGCAAGACGGGUUACAUCCCCUCCAUGUUCCUCCAGCCCUACACCAACCCACGAGUCCAGCUGAUGACCUCCCAGAGCAAUCUGCGGGGCUCAUCGCUGAACCUGGCCACCCUGGACGCCCCCCAGAGCCAAGAGCUCAGCCGCUCCCAGGGCAACCUGCUCCAGCUGCCGGGAUUGGGCUCCCAGACGCCAGCCCAAGGCCUGAGCCCGCAGGACAAGUACAAGUCCCGCUCGCUGAACCUCCUGACGGCCGAGUCGGACAUCUACCAGACGCCCCGCAGCGUGGCUGCCCCGAGCAUCAGGGUGGACGGCGAGCCCAAGUUGCGGCACCAGAGCGUCAGCGUGGACAGCGGCGAGAGCCUGAACGACAGCAGCGACGGCAGCGAGUUCAGCUUCAGCGACGACGGCAGCAGCGUGUCCGGCGGCGCCGACUCGCUCAGCCUGAGCCGCAGCGACAUGGAGGACGAGCUGCGCCGCAGCCGCACGCCUCCGCCCCCGAGCACGCGCCAGCAGAUGCUCAGCCCCGACAGCGGCCUGGGCGGGCGCCUCCAGCCCAGCCGCUCCGACCCCAACCUCCACAAGGUCAUGCCCAAGGUGCCGCCCCGGCCCCAGGCACAGGACAUCCUCAAGCGCUGCACCACCGUCACCCGCAAAAACGCGGCACGGAACCAGCUGGUGCCCAGCAUCCAGAUUCGCUGAAGGGGGCAAGAUGGAGGAUGGUCACCUCACAGCCCUGCAGAACAACAACUUGUUGUGGCACAAGAACCAACGUGGAGUCUCACAUGUUCCAUUUGAGGAAAUGUUUUGAAGAUUGGAUCUUCUGACUAAAGACUUUGGCCAUGAGAAGCACAUGUCCCUCAAUGAGGAAGAAGGCAAGAAAAAAAAUCUUCAGUCGUUACAUAACCCUGAUGGACAAUGGAAAAUGGACUGAUAAGGCGGCGUUCCAUUACAAAUAUUUCUGUUUCUAGAGAAAUCUAAAAGCUCCUUUAAAAAAAAAAAAAAAAAAAUCUGUUGUAAGUGUAAGAAGUGUCUGAUAAUCUGAUUGAAUCCAGCAUAAAUUGUAGUUUCCCUCUGUUUAAUUUCCAUACUGGAAACCAUAUUUAUGCUUUUUAUGCAUUGCUAUGAAGAUGGAAGUUUGAGAUAAAAAUGAUAAUGUUUCUAAAA